AUGCAGACGGAAGCCUAUGCCACAGUUGACGGGGCCGCACGUUUGAUAGGGUUUGCCACGCCGCUGGAGCUCGGAGCGGGCGCACACAUCAUCAAUGUAACAUUCGAGAGCGCCGUGCGCUUGAUCGGCGUGACUUGGGAUGGGCCAAUGAGCUUGAAGGAGGUUUCUUUCGCUCCCGAAGAAGGCAACAUCGCGAUCGUUGAUGAACUGAGCACUGCGGGAGAUGGAGCGAGUCGGCAAAAAGCGCUGUGGACCGUCAGCCGGUCAGACGCAUCCGCCCACAUUACGCUUCCUAUGAACGUGACUGCCUUUCAGUUGCGCGGCCUCGUCGGGCCCUCCGCAGGCAGCUUCAUUAUUGCCUUCAACCCUUCAGUCGGCAUCCCGUUCUCGGGCAAUGCCACCUCUGAUGUCACGGAUCCUAUAGCUCUGCUCUGCGCCGUCACUCUCGAUCCGCGCAAGCACUACACGGUGGAUAUUUCCAGCGCUGACGCGGAGACUCUUCACCUCAGCAGCUGGGGAUUCGCGGCGGACGAGUGA